AUGGGUGAAUGGCCGCUUUGGUCGUUUUGUGCGCAGCAUCCCGUCUUUGGGAUUGCUUUACUGGGUACCCUGGUCCUUGUUGCAACCUGGAGAUUGAAUGAACAUGUCAAGGCUCGAAAAUACAGAUUUCCGCCUCGGAUACCGGGGGUACCGAUCUUCGGCAACACUUUUCAACUACCUCCUUUGAAGCAGGGACUAUGGGGCAUGGAAAUGGCAAAGAAAUACGGGGAGAUGUUCACUUGUAGUAUUGGUGGUAAGACAUGGGUCUUUCUGAAUUCGUCACGCACCGUCAACGAUUUGAUGGAGAAGCGGUCGUCCAUCUAUUCUUCGCGUCAAUACAUGCCCAUGGCGUCGGGCGUUCUCUCGGGCGACAAUCGAGUCCUGCUCAUGCCAUACGGGGAACGGUGGCGGAUGAUCCGACGCAUCAUGCACUCGAUCCUCAACAAGCAAAACUCGCCCGUCUUCGCACCCUUCCAAGACAUAGAAUCCAAGCAUCUCCUGUACGACUUUCUCCACCAUCCGGAGUUGUGGUACUCGGCCACCCAGCGUUUCGCCAAUUCGGUCAUCAUGAGCGUGGUAUUUGGCAAGCGCAUGGAGCUGGAAGAUCCCAAGAUACGAGAACUCUUUGAGACAUCCAACGCCGUCAUUGAGGCGAUUCAGCCUUCGGCCAAUCUCGUCGACUCCCUAACCUUCCUGGAAAGACUUCCCAAGAGCUUGCAAUGGUGGCGGCCGAGAGGGGAGGCCAUGUUUCAAAAGACUGUCAACAUCUACAGGCGGGAGGUCGAGGAAUUGGAGCAGAAGAUGAAAAACGGCACCGCGAGGGAUUGCUUCGCCACGAGGUUUCUCCGCGACCCCGAGACCAAGAACUACGGGCAGACGCAGACGUACUUUGCACUAGGGUCUCUGAUGGAGGCUGGGAGCGAUACCUCUCGCAUGACCAUCAGCCAGGUCAUGGCCGCCGCGGUCCUCGACAAGCGAUGGGUCGACACCGCGCGGGAAGCCCUCGACCGAGUCUGCGGGAGGAAUGCCGAACGCCUACCAACUUUCGAGGACCGGGUCGACCUGCCCUACAUCACGGCGACGGUAAAAGAGGCGUUCCGAUGGCGCCCGUUCGCCGAGAUUGGAGUGCCGCACAUGCUCAUCCAGGACGACGAGUACGAAGGCUACCGGUUCCCCGCGGGGACAUUGUUCACGUGGAACGCUACAGCCAUUGCGAUGGAUCCGCGCGAGUACGAGCAACCGGAGCGGUUCUGGCCUGAGCGAUUCCUCAACAACAACCUGGACCAUAUUUUGAAGGGGCACUGGAGCUUUGGACCAGAGGUGAUACUAAUCAAUCACCCGUUCGGCGGUUUCAUCCAGGUCGGCGUGUAUGUUCGGGAUACAAUGUUGGAGAGACAAAUGUCUGGAUCGUGGUGGCACGACUCCUCUACUGCUUCGACUUCGAGGCCGUUCCAGUGA